AUGAUGUCUUCUUCCUAUUCUAGCAGUGGGGGACCUCUCCCUGGCGAGUCUCUGUCGAAUGAUGUCGGGCACUUGAUUUCUACGGUGAUGGCGAAGGAGGUGCCGCGCUUUUUAGAUACGCUGUUUCGGAAGCCAUACGCCACCGAGGAAAACUGUUGGCUAUUUGUGAAAUCCUUCGUGUUCUUUUCGUCCGUCUAUGUAUUGUCGCACCUGUUGAAUCGCUUUUGGCUCCUUCGGGGAACAGGAUACACGCGCGAUUUCACCCCCUCAGAGCGGAUAUACUGGACGGGGGUGCUCGCCUCCGGACUAAACAACGGGGGCUUUGGUAUUGUCGCUCUAUGCCUCUACUUCAAUCAGGCACCUGAGACGCAAUACAACAGACUAUUCUUAUGAAAACAUCAGGAGCUCCAUUUUUACAGGUUUAUCCUUUUCGCUGCAGCUAAUCUAAAGCUUAAGCUAUUGAAUUCAAAAUCUCUGGCUCUGGGUCUGGCACAGGAGACGGAAAUUUUGUUUUGGCAAAGCCAGACAUUUUGUGUUGGUUAGUCUUCUUUUUACGUUGAGAGGUAGAGUAAGACUGAGGAGAAACUUAAUAAAUUCCAUCUAGGACACCUUCUAGUCUUCGCGUAAUUGUGUUGUCGUAGCUGGAGGUCAAUAAUUUGAAUCCCCAAAAAUGAUAUUAAAUGAACCACCUCAAAUGGAAAAACUUACAUACUCUUGAUCGACACGGACACGACCCCGAUCCCAUUUUAUUUCUCUCUUUCUUCAUAUGUGGGCUACAAUCCGCGUGUGGAUUUAUUGACGAAAACGAUGAUGAUUUGGAUGAUGGUGAACACAUUCGUUGACUACAUAUUCACGAAAAUCCUUGAUCGAAUUUGGCCGAAGCCACCAGAGAGAGUGGACCAGGCGUACUACAGCGAGGCUGGCGUCGACGAGUCACCAGCCGCGAUCUCCCGGGAUGCGACACCGACCUCAAAUUCCAACGGGGGCAGAAGAAUGAAUCAAGACGAAAUGGAAGAGCAGAUCGCUUCCAACUUGGCCACAUUCUCAACAGAUGCCAUCGCGACAUCUUCAUCUUCCAGAGCAGGUCAAGAAUCGAGAAAGAAUGUGCUCACUUCCAAGAAGGGUUCCAGUGUAGCACUCUCGGACGCCUCAACGCGCGCGACUCCGGAUUCAAGUUCGAGUGAUGAACCGGACAAAAGAGGGAAAACAGAGCUUCAUUUUUUGGCCGAAGCCGCUGCCGACCGCCUUCAGACGGUGGCUAGAGCAGCAGAGGCGGAUACUGCGUGGCAAGAAGGCAAAGCAGAAGCAGAUAAUGGAGUCCCUUCAACAACUACUAGUACAAGUACAACAGAUGAUAAAAUGAAAAAGAGGAAGAAAAAGGAAUCAACUUUCUCAUCAGAUGAACUGUUGUUUUUGUUCCAUCAUGUGGCGAGCAUUAUCCUGUUGACAGUAGUGCAGUAUCCAUUCGUCCAACAUCAUGCAGCUUCGCUCAUUAUGUGGGAGAUUUCAGGGCCAUUCCUCUCCUAUCGUAUUAUGGCGCUGAAGUUCGGCUGGCAAAACACUUCUCCAAAAACGUUCAAUGUAAUGCAGCUGAGUUUCUUCUUCUCGUUCGUCAUCCCGCGACUGGGAAUCUUAUGGUGCAGAUUAAAAACUUCAUAAUGAAUACGUAGAGGUCCUCGCUAACAACUACCAUGAUAAGUACGUGAUCUAGGUUAUGUCAUUGCCAUGUAAACAACAGAACAACCGCAUCGAUGAAAUACAAAUGGUAAUAUUAUUACAAAAAUAUUUUUAAGCUAAAGCUAAAAUGCAAGAGCUCGCAACAAGUAGAAGAACAAUUGUCAUGGGAUGAAGGACUCCUGCGCUAUUUGAGCUUUCAUUUUUUUGCUGUUGAAAUAUGUCGUCUUAGAUAGUGGCCGCAAUGUUGAGCUUGCGCUUUGUCUGUUGAUCCGCCUCAUCUUUCUAAUGUCUGGCAUUCUGAGUGUUUGCCGGUUACUCUACGACCUUUCGCUGGGAAUUUUGUUUCAGUACGAGCCCGUUUUCCGUUUGUUUUUUCUCUACUUCUUUCGGCCAGUGUACCGGUUUCUUCACCUGGACGUCAUCGGUGGAGGUGGAGCAGGAAUUUCAAGUGGAGACAGCAUGGGCGCACCAUCUUCAACGCCAGGACCACUCGGGGUGUUCCAAAAGAUGAUCUUUACGCUUGGGGGUAGCGUGUUUGAGGAAUCCUAUGCUACUCUCGCAAAGCGGCCGUACGACUUCGAGCUGCAUAGAAAACUCUUUGUCGCGGACCAGCACUUAGCAGGCGGAGCUGCAGGAGCAACAUUGGACGUUCCGCUGAUAGAGAGCAUGUUCACAUUUCUCUGCUGCACGAUCCUUGUGGCGCUCAACAUCAUCUGGGGCGGAAAAAUUAUCUACCGGGCUGCUGGCCUGUACAUCUUCGGGGCAACAAAGAAAUCCAGUAAAAAGAAGAUCGCGUAA